ACCAUUUACCAUUUUAUAUAGGUACCAUUUUUUGCACAGCAUGUCAUUGAUAAACUUUUCUAAACAUUAACUGCACAUAGCUGCAAAUGUAUUCUAUAUAUGCAUGUAUAAGAGGUGUAAUAUUUAAUAAACUCAAUGUAAACUGAAAGGUUAACUUACUAUUUAGAUUGGGUCAGUGAAUGGGACAGCAGGCAUCUGCUUAGAUCAGUCAAGGAAAACUUCAAACAGUUUAGGCCUUAUUAAAUAAAUAAUUUUGUUCCCUUUUAGUAUUUCCUUCCCAAAAAAGCAUCUCAAAGACGUCACUCACAAAGUGGUAAACAACUAAUCCAGGCUAAUCCAGGCGUAUAUCACAGAGUUAUUCUCAGAGAGGCUCAUGCUUAAUGAAUGUCAGCUGCUCUCGGUUUAAUUGCAUGUUUAUUCAGCACUGUCAUUUCCAUAACAUCACGCACCGAUUUUUUUAAAUCUUUUAUUUUUUGUUGCUUUGCUUGGUGCACAAAAGCUGCACACUUUUUUUAGUCAGUACUAUAUUCCCGUGCAAUGCAGAGUAUAAAAUGUUAAUGAAAUGAAACUCUAACUAAGAGCAUCAAGAAAAAUCUUCUAAUUUGUUUUGUAAAAAAAUAUGGAGGAAAACAAAAGUGUUUACAUGGUACCAGGCGAUGGAAUCUGGGCCACAAUAAUGAACCAAUAUAUUAAUUCAGACAGGCCACUUUUUUAAAGUCUGCUCUAAAACGAUUAAUUUUGAUGGAACAGUGGGGGAAAAUUCAACUUUAGCACCUCUGAAUUUAUUGUUUGCCACAGAUUAAAUGCAGCCAUGGUUAAGAAUGCAUUGUUUUGUCUUGGUUUCUGGUUGCAGCAUGAGGUCUGCUGAUCUUGUAUUGUCAUCGGUGCUAUGCUGGAGACAGAAGAUUCCUUACAGUAGCUCGGGCUGCCUUGUGCCAACCAGAGUAGGAACAUCAGUGGGUGAGUGCUUGACAGAGCCAGCACCGGGGAGUUAAUACCAGUCACUGCUGGAGGUGUGACACAGUCCCAGCCCACAACACAUUGAUUCACACAGGAUUAAGCCACUGCAUGAUGCUUCAGGUUGAAGACCUGGUGCAGGUGAUUUACUCUCCCCGUCAAACUUAACAUCUUUGGACCCUCCUCUGCCCUGUUCCUGCUUUCGGUGGGACUACUAAAAAAAAAGCAUCUGCUACUGUAACAACCAGAUCACCGAAAGGGAUGACUGGCAGUCAUCUUGCUCAGGAGUAAGAGAGGAAGCAAUGGGCUGGACUAUGACUCUAAAAGAUGACUUUGGGGUCAUUGCCUGGACACGGCAAGCUGGGAGCUACCUAAGCCUCUUCCUCCUCUUGUCUCUCUUUUCCAUAUCUGUCCGUUUAGACAACGUGUAUCCUAGAGACCACCAUUUUUCAUGGAAAGCAGGCCAGUGGGGUCAGUGUACCGGUGAGGAGUGUGGCUCUGGUGGGGUUCAGACAAGGACAAUAUGGUGCAUCCACAUGGAGGGCUGGACCACCCAUCACUCCCACUGCCAUCACAUGGAGAAACCAGAAAGCCAGAGACAGUGUUUUAAAGUCUGCGACUGGCACCAGGACCUCUUCGAGUGGGAGGCGUCAGAGUGGGGGAGCUGUGUUCUUGUUCCUUUCUUUUCCAAUGAGCUCAAGUUGAGGGCAACUGAGUGCAUUACAGCACAGCAUGGGAUCCAGAGGCGCAAAGUCUACUGCGUACGCACCUCAAAUCGAACCACAGUCAGUUCGAGGAUAUGUGAAUUCUUUUCCCAAAAACCACCUGUGGAGCAGGCAUGCCUUGUCCCCUGCCCCCAGGACUGUGUGGUUUCAGACUUCAACUCUUGGUCAAGUUGCAGCAAAACCUGCGGUGCUGGCCUGCAGCAUCGGACUCGACAUGUUCUGGCCACAUCAAUGUAUGGAGGGGCAAACUGCCCCAACCUAACUGAGACCAGGACUUGUUCUAGCCAUGUUGACUGCCCGGCUGGGGAGGACGAGUACCAGUACAGCCUUAAAGUAGGGGCCUGGAGUGAGUGCCGAAUGCCCCAUCACAAGGAUGCGCUAUUAAGUGGAAGGACCACAGUGGACUUCAGUACUAUGUCCAACGAGAACAACACAGCCACGCUGCACACACUAGCUUCUCACCAGCAUUUCCAUCACACCCACCACCACCUUGCUCAUGCGCACAUUAAGUACCCCGCGUCGUGGGAACUAGAGGUGGGAUACCAGACACGACAUGUUCGCUGCACAAGAAGUGAUGGCAAAAAUGCUAUGCUGAGCCUCUGUACGAAGGACAAAUCCCCACUGACCUUCCAAACAUGCGUGAUCCCCAAAGACUGUCAGACAUCCGAUUGGUCAUCGUGGAGCCCCUGCUCUAAGACCUGCCGGUCUACCGACCUAUCCCCUGGCUACCGCCUCCGGUCACGGAUCAUGACUCAGAUCACAGUUGGCGGGGGGAAGCGAUGUCCUGCCCUUGAGGAAAAAGAAGCUUGCAAUAUCAUAGGCGAUUUACUUCCAAACUGCCCCAGUGUCCAGGCCUGUAAAUGCUAGGCUGUGUGAUGGUGAAGAGCCUCCUUUGGCUGUCCAGCACUGCUCCAUUCCCUGCCAGCAUUACUGCUUGCUCACCGGGUGGUCACCCUGGGGUGCAUGUCUAUAUGACAGCUGCGAAGAACCACAUGGGAAGAAAGGUUUCAGACAGAGGAGGAGAGAAGUGCUGUGGGAGUCUAGUGGCACUCUGGGGACAUGCCCUCAUCUGACGGAGUUCAUUCCUUGUGACGAUCCUGCCUGCUACCUGUGGCAGGUCCAACAAGAGGGAAGAUGUAUUCCCACCAAAAACUCCUGCGGUCCUGGAACUGCAAUCCAGAAUGUGAUCUGUGUCAACGCUAAAGGAGAAGAUGUGCCCGAUGCCUACUGUGUGGAAGGCCCUCCACUUGCAGAAGAAGCCUGCGAGGUGCCCUGUUCUGCAGACUGUGUGGUUGGCCCCUGGUCCUCCUGGUCCACCUGCUCACACAGCUGUGCCAGUAAGACGGCAGAGGGUAGACAGAGCCGCACUCGCACUGUUUUAGCCAUCCCACAAAAAGAUGGAAAAGCUUGUCCAGCGGGUCCAGCUCUGGAGCAAUGGAGAGUCUGCAAUGACCAUCCUUGUGUGAUAUUUCACUGGGAAGCUUCAGCAUGGGGUCCAUGUAUUGAGGAUACCUCUAUGGCUCUCAAUGGAACCAGCCUCCAGAAUGGGACCAUAACCUGUGCUGUCGGGGUUCAGAUCCGCAAAGUCAUCUGUGUGAAGAUGAAUGCUGGUCCAGUCGUAAAUAAAAGAUGUUCAGAUUCUUCCCGUCCUGAAACCGUCCGUCCUUGUUUGCUACCCUGCAAGAGAGACUGCAUUGUGACGCCUUUCAGUGAAUGGACAACUUGCCCAUCAACCUGCCUUCCAGAAAAUGCAACCGCCGCCACACAGUCUCGAUACAGGACCAUCAUUCAGAGGGCUGCUAAUGGAGGUCAAGAGUGUCCCGACACACUUUACGAAGAGAGAGAGUGUGAAUCACUUCGUGUAUGUCCAGUGUAUAGGUGGAGGACGCACAAAUGGAGCAGCUGUUCUCUAGUUCCUGAAUCUGUGAGACGUGGGCUGUCGGGACCAGGAGAAACGUGUGGAAAAGGUUUAGAAACAAGAGGAGUCAGUUGUGUUGGGCAGAGCGGAGAGUCUGCCAAUAUGACAGAGUGCCUGCAAUGGGCUGGUCCCUUGCCCCCUCAGAUCAGAGAGUGUCGGGUGGCUUGCAAGGAUGACUGCACUCUAACUGCAUGGUCCAAGUUCUCUGAAUGUGCUGGAUGUGGCAGCUCUCGAAUACGAAAGCGCUCACUUGCAGGUCGUAGCAAAAAAAAGGAAACCUGCUUGAAUAAGGAGUUGCACCCGCUGGAGGAGACAGAGACAUGUCCUUGUGAUGAGUUUUUGUCCCAGCCCUGUGGGAACUGGUCUGCUUGCAUACUCCCUGAUCCUUCGGUCUCGGGAUCAUCACAGGGCUGGAUGAGCCAUCGAGAGGUGAAGGAGUGUGGCCAAGGUCUGCGCCACAAGGCUGUCGCCUGCAUUAACCAGCAGGAGAACCUGGUUAGCCCUGCACUCUGUACAGAGUCAGGCUACAUUGUGGAGGUUUGCCACAUCCCUUGCCCCAUAGACUGCAAGCUCAGUGACUGGUCAGCUUGGUCCCCCUGCAGUGCAUCCUGUGGCAGCGGGUUAAAGAUCAGGUCUAAGUGGCUGAGAGAGAAAGCUUUCAAUGGAGGACGACCAUGUCCCAAACUGGAUUUAAAGAACCAGGCUCAGGUGUAUGAGGCUCUGCCAUGCUACAGUGAAUGCAGCCAAUACGAGUGGAGGGCCGAGCCCUGGUCCAUUUGUACCAUCAACACUGUGGACGACCUGCCUGCCUGUGGGGAGGGAGUCCAAAGCCGCAAGAUCAGGUGUGUAAAGAAAGGAACAACGGGGAAUGGGGAAGACAGCACUGUGAAGGAUAGUCUGUGUGAUCAAGAGGAAAUGCCACCGAGAGCCCAGGUCUGCUAUCUGGCAUGCCCCAAUGACUGUGUCAUGGCGCCCUGGGGACCUUGGAGCAACUGCCCUGUGCAAUGUGACCAAGAUACAUCAAGAAACAGAAGCAGACAUAUCCUGCGCCCCGCAGCUUCAGAUAACUCACCCUGUCCAGAGAUGGUCCAGUCAGAGUCCUGUGUUCUUAAUAGUACAUGUUUCACCUACCAGUACAGAGUCUCAGACUGGAGUACAUGCCAGCUGAGUGAAAAUGCCAUCUGCGGUCAGGGAUCACGUUUUCGUCUCCUGGACUGUAUUCGCAGCGAUGGCAAGGUUAUGGAGGUGCAGAAGUGUGAGCAGUUUGGUUUGAUCAACAAGUGGAUUCUAACAGAGAGCUGCGUAGUCAACUGUCCUGUCAGCUGUGUGCUCUCUGAGUGGUCGCCGUGGGCAGAAUGCUCGCACAGCUGUGGGAGUCAAGGUCAGUCUGUGCGCAGUCGGAGAAUCCUUCAGGAUGCUCAAGAGGAGGGUCGCCCCUGUCCCAACCAGCUCAUCCAGACCAAACCAUGCCCCAUAAGGCCUUGCUAUAUGUGGGUGCUGAGUGACUGGUCCCCAUGCACAGUAGCGGGCGCAGCAUGUGGUGAGGGGCUUCGGAGAAGAAAUCUAUCAUGCAUUGUCCACUGGGGAAACUGGCACGAGUCUCCUCGUCAGCCAGUGAAGGAGGAACUUUGUGGAGACAUACUUAGGCAACGUAUCCAACAAGAGAUGGAGCAGCCCUGUUUUGUCCCCUGCCCUGGAGACUGCCAUUUGACUGAGUGGUCGUCUUGGAGCUCGUGCCAGUUGACCUGCCUGGAGGGGCGGAGCUUUGAAACCACCGGUCGCCAAGCGCGCUCCAGAGCCGUGAUUAUUCAAGACAUGGAGAAUCAGGACAGCUGCCCUCAUCAAGUCUUUGAGACCCAGCCCUGUAAAGGAGGAAAAUGCCACAGUUACCAGUGGAGGACAGGAGGAUGGAGCAACAACGAGAGAACAGUAUGGUGUCAGCGCUCAGACGGCGUCAAUGUUACAGGGGGAUGUUUCCCACAAAAAAGGCCCACCACGCUAAGACACUGUCAUCCUCCGUGCACAAAACCGUUCUCACACUGCACGCCGAGUGGAGUGUGUGGGUGUGAGAAGGGUUACACUGAGGUGAUGACCACUCACGGUUUCUUGGACUACUGCACCAGAACUCCGGGGUUGGACAACAAUAAGAAAGCAGAUGUGAAAACUAACUCUGGCAGAUUAAAACCUGGGCCGUCUAAGGCCAAAGACCGCUACAACGAGUGGACCCUACGACCUGUUGGCCCAGAUGGAAGAGUAAAGCUGUGGGUUUACGCCGUGACUGCUGUUGGAUUCAUCUUAAUACUCUUCAUUAUAGCGUUAUCGUUCCUGGUCUGUAAGCCAUCCAAAACCACUAAGACGUCUCCCCCACCGCAGAAGCCCUUGACCCUGGCCUAUGAUGGUGACAUGGAUAUGUAACCAGGCUGCUAUACCUCACAAGGACACGCUCGGCAUCAGACAGCCUGCUGCCUGUGUUCAGAUUGUUAGGAAGCACAUCCGUCACUUACUGUUUGCUCGGUUUUUGCAAUGUCUCAAAUAGAUCAGCGAAUAACAACGAUCACACAUGAUUUGCUGCUGAAGGGUAACAAAUCUCGCUAGAGCCACUCGCUUCCUCAGAGAAGAGGAACCAGAGCUGAUCAAAGUGAAAAAAUGAGACAUGGACCUCUAGUUUCUUUUCUUUUUUUAAUGCUUGCAACAUGAACACACAGUUGAAGCACUAUUUAAAACCUGCGAAAGAAGAUGAAUGCACAGCUGUUGCUCUUGGAGGGUUUUUUUUGUUUUCUUUUUUGUGUGUGUCAAGUAUCCGAGGGACAUCCUGGUUGACUCGUCAGCAGUCGCUCGUGAUAUUCAAAGACCCACAGAGGUGGGAGUAUUUGACUUUGUCUCAUCAGUGGUGGAUCUUUGUGAAAGGAAACGUCUCAAGCCUUUUGAGUAAACUAAACAGCCUUUUUUUGAAUUUUCGACAAUAAACACGAUGGUCUAUGCACUACGUUAGUGCUGAUUCCGUUUUCCUUUCCGAUGACUUUUCUAGUGUUUUAAUUGUAAUGCAAGUUUUUGCUGUCAGAUUGUGUUUUGUUGAUGAUGCCAUAUGUUGUGUAUAUGUGAAAACCAAAUGCAGGCUUGCCUUGAGUUUAACGAUACAAUGAUGCAGUAAUUUCUCCUCCCUUAUUUUCCCUGGAUUCUCGACCACUGAGGACAAAAAUGAGUAAGUAAGUCAGAGCGGAGUAAUUUGUACAAAACCAAAAAACGUCCGAGUAUUUUGGUGACGAGUGCGGUAUCGCACAUAAUGCAAAUUACAGUAUGUAAUACCAGUAUGAUAAAGACCAUACCUCAUAUGCAGUGCUUAAAAGUUAUUAGACCACCUGCCAUUAAAAGAAUAAUAAGAAUAAUAAGAAUAAAUAAGUAUUUAUUAGGCAAAUAUAAAAAAAAUUCAUAUUUUUAGAUUAAAAAAAUCAGAAAUUAAUGAAGCAUAAUAUUCAACCACUAAAACUAAUUUCUCUGUUCAGGAACACAAGGAAAUAACUGUAAUUUGACAUUUUUAUCAAAAAAUAACAAGCAGUUUGGGGUCUUUUUUUAUUGGUUUUUUUUUAACUAAAUGUGAAAAUUCGUGGAUAUCAAUGAUAAUUAUUUGUCAGCAUAUAACAAGUUUGCGCAUACAGGUCGAUUUAACUGUUACAGAAACAUCAAAUAUUAUUCUGGUAAUUACCGUUACUGUGUAAUUAAGCCAGUUGUGGUAUGAACCUUUCUAUGGGUUGUGGUCUAAUAAAUGUGUUAAGCACUUUUUCACUAAAUGCAAAGCAAGAAAGGACUAAGCAUCAAAACAUACCGGAGCAUAGAGAGGACGAAUUAUCCACUGGAUUACACACAGUGCUUUAACAGAGCAGAUGCGCUUUAUUUAUUUAAAAAUUGUCAUAUUUUAGUGCUUUAUUUUUCAUCCAAAUACAAGGUCUUUUUUUGUUGUUGUUGUUUUUGUACCAUGAGUACAGGGCUGAAGACAUAAAAGAUAGCAAAUACCAAAUAUUUAUGAGCACAUAAUUUAAUAAUCCGGCAGCUUCUUAUUUAUUUUCUUAUUCUAGUCUUAUUUUCUAGCCCUGUCUUUUUUAAAAAAUAUAUAUUUCCACUCAUAGCAUCUUGGUAGAUUCGAGACUUUUCACCUUCCUUUUGUGCAAUAUUCACACAGCCCAGUGGAGAAUGAAGUUCCUGGUAUUGGCUAAUUUUGGCUCUGAUCAGAGUUUAUGCUGUUUCUCGUUCUGCCAAGACUACUCCUCCUGAAUGUAUUUUAUCGGGAACUCUUUAAUCUUAACGGUUGUGCAAAUACGGUUGUUACGUGACUGUAUUCCAACAGCUGAUUGUAUGUAGGCAUGCUAGAUCCAUUUUGGCAGAACGUUCUCCAAGUGGCCUUUGCAAAGAUUCUGUUUUACAAUUUACCGAACAUUUCAGAAUCGUUUAAUUUAGACAGUGUUUCUAAUAUUUGGCCGAUAAAGUGACACAAAGGAACAUGUGGAAAAUGAUGACAAGGAUAACGAAUAAAAGUAAAGUGAAACCCCUUUCUGAAAACAUGACAUACUAAUUAUUUACUGUAUUUAAAAGAAAAAAACAGCCUGAUUUGAUGAGACAUCUCUCUGGUUAUGUCCCAAAACACUAAAAGUAUGUUCACCCAUUGUUUACAGCAUCAUGCUGCUUGUGUUUUUAUUGUGUGUACAUGGAGAGCUGGACAAAAAUGCAAAUAAAUUGUGAAACCAUGUGAAAUCAAUGCACUGCUUUCUUUCCUCUUUGGUGCACCUUUUUAAAUAUUUUUUUGAGGGAUGCUUUUGUUCUCCUGUGAUCUCCAUCGGCUCCUUGACUAUCGAGUCCUGAUAAAUUCUAAUUACUGAUACAGGCUCAGAGGCAAAGCCUAGAAUAUAUAAGCUGCUGAUAAGAUUCAUCUUGCCCUCCAGUCAGAUUCCCAGUCUGAUAGUCCCACAGGAUGCACGCAGGUUGCGAAGGAAACAGUGUUUAAAUCUUUUGUCUCAUCUAAUUCAUUUAUUUAAGACUGUCACUUUUGUUUAAGAGAAGGUUGAAUUCAAAUGCUUGUGUCACGGCCAUCUGAUCUGUGGCAAAGAUGUGGGCCGAUCUUGUCAUGUUCUAUUCAUCUCAUUUUAGUAGCUUUCAAGACAUAUUUGCACAUUUCAGUGGUUGCUUGUGAGCGGAAUGAAAAUGGCUAGUUUAAUUAAUUUUAUUUAUCUAUCAUAUGAAAGCUGGCUGAUUCUAAUAAAAUGCUGUAUCCUGCAGUUUGUCAGGGCAGAGCAGAGCUUAAUGAAUGUUUAGCAUCAUCAGUGCUUAAUGCUUUAAAAUAAUGAGCAUUAUAAUGCUUUUUAUCAUUUAUUACUAAUGUAUUAUGUGUGAAUCUGCAGCCCAGAGGAGUGAAGCAGUUCUUAGAGAUAUCUAGUUUCUGAUAUGUUCAGCCUCUCUAAAAUAAGUCUGUUAAUGUUUUUUCCAGGGAAAAAAAGUCUUUUUAGGGUUUUAUGAAUGUAUUAGGAAUCGUCGGCCAGCAGACAUUGAAACAAGAAGCCAGUUUCAUUCAGAUCGUGUUCAUUACAGGUCUCUUGACCACCAGUAUUCUCCAUGCCUUUAGGAUAAUCCCAUCAAGGUUUAUAUCAGGAUCAGGAUUUAAUUGCAUGAGACUCCUCUACAGUCAGUUUUAAUCACCAGUGCUGCUGAAGCUGAUAAAUUAUGACAUUUCUUGAAGACUUAAUACAAGGGCAGCUAUCUUUGACUUCACUAAGUUAUUUAGUUCGUAAGUUUAGGGGUUGGGGAUGUUGGAGCUACUCCAAAACUACUACUGCCUGAUUCAGCUGUUUCACUGAAACUAACAAUUAAUCACUUACAUUGUAUAGAUUUGUCUCGAGUGUGUUUUCAACCAUGCUUUAAUGUAGUGGCAGCAGAAAGUUAAUGUUUUCACUUAACCCAUGAAGAUGUACCACUCCGUGUCCAUCUACCUGCUACACUAUGCUUUAGAACAAGAGUUAUCAACAUCACCUAUGAACAUUAUCUGGAUGCUCAUUGUAAAGUUGCAACUGUGUAAUAAACCAACUGUUUAUUAAUUAGUAAACAUCCAGCCAUCUACUGGUAUCUGUUUUCUUCCACAUAUCCAACGCA